AUGGAGGAUGACACAGGUUAUCUUCAGACAGGUGGGAAUAACAGGAGAGAGGAAGUGACCUUACGAUUUCGCUGCCGUCAAGAUUUUUUCAAGGUUGGCGUUACGUUAACAUAUUUCGGCUUUAUUUUAUGGCGUUUUAUCAGCUUAGUUCUGUACAGCAUUCACGCUACAGAUUGCUUCUUCCGGGAAAAGCUUGCGAGUUAUCGCUGCAAAAACUUCACGAUAUUUUCUCACGCAAAGGGAGUGGAGAUAAGUUGGCAGAUGUCUUCGUUUAUCAACACUGUACUUGUUAUUCUUGUGCUACGAAAAGUGCCAGAUUUUGAAGGAUAUCUUUCUGCUCUUCGAAACAACUCGAAGCAUGCCCGGUUCUGGUCGCUUUUCGCUCAGUUGAUGGUCGCUGUUGGUUACAACAUCAUCGUCAUCUCCACAGAAACAUCUACUGUAAGUAAAAUUAUUGAAGUUAUGUUCAUUCUCGGAGAAAUUGCGACGACCCUGGUAGUGUAUCUGUGGAAUACUGUACCCGCACCAUGGAAGGAACCCAGAGACAAAGUAAAGAAUUUGGCAUACUCACUCACUCUGCUUUUGUUUAUCCUGGAGAACUUAUAUCUUUUCGUGUUGAUUUCCACGCAAGCAGCUUUCCAAGUAACCGGUGUGAAUAACUUUCAUCGAAAACCAUCCGCCCUUCAGGCAGUUACUAUUGUGGUCAAUGCUGCAGAAGCCACCUUUUAUUACGCCAUGAUGAAAUUCUUUUGGAACAAAUGGUUUGAUGACCGAAGAAAUCUUCUGAUCAAUGAUAAUGUUUGAGUACUGCAUUUGCAUCGUUCACGGGUGGUUGAUGUUAUGAAUAAAAGCGAUCUAAUGCAGUUGGUCGACAAAACAAUAAAUAAGGCGCGAUUUAUGAGCUGAGCUUUUCAUGGGCCAAACUUAAUUAGAAUCUGAACCGACUAAGAGAUUAUAAACCAGUUUACAAUCUCUCGCAACCGACUCAAAUCGAAAAUAAGGGGGGACCUGUUGCCGGAUUCAGAAGCCGACGUUAAUUACCUGUUAAAUUCCUUCAAAAUACGUUAUAAUAACUUAUGCAUUUGGUUCGAUUCUUUACAACCGUUCAACAGUUAACAUUCCCGACCAAGCCAGAACGGAAGAACGGCCGAGCCGUUCGAAAUUGAGGUAGCCAUUCUCAAUUGACUCAGAAGCCGAACUCGUUCUCUAUACAAUAGAAUACAAUAUGCAUAUGUAUAUACAUAAAAUAUCUGCGUGUCAUUUGCAUUGGUAUGCGGACAAACUGUUGCGUUUGAUAAUAUGGACGAGGUUGUUCAUGAUUAAAUAUCAAAGGACCUAGGACGCUUCCUUGUGGAAUUCCUGCCACAAUUCCUUGCCAGUUUGAGAACUGAUCCUCUAAUCUAACUCGUUGACGUAGAUUUGUAAGAUAAUCCUUGAUAAGCUCGGAGGUGUUGUCGUCAGUGCCGUUAAGCCCUGAACUUUUCCACUUUUAAGUAACGUGGCAGAGUGUCAAACGCCUUAGAUGGGGCCAUUGAUACAAGGCCGAUAACAUUGUGAUUCUCCAACGUUUUUUUCAGUCAACUUUAUUCUUAAUGAUGAAAAGGUUUCGAUUCGACUGGACUCACAGCUUUUCUUGAACAAUUUACCUUGAGACCGUAUGUCAAAUUGCUUUCUUUUUUUUCCUCUUAGUUCUGUUGUCUCAAAUGCACUCAACAGCCUGGAUUACUCCUCAGUGGUCUUCUGGCUUAGCACU